UGUCUUCAGAGCGAACACUCGUACAAAAGCAGUAAUGAAGUCUCAAGUGCGCAAUGGAAAUUUCAAUAAGAAUUUUUGCAUUGAAUUGGGUAUUUAUCAGUAGGUUUGUGUUGGCCCAUUGACAGACUGACGAUCAAAGGUCACCUCGAUUUCUCAAGUCUUCAAGAUGGCGCGAGUAAUGUUGCUGCUAUUGUCUCUAGCUUUGCACAGCUCGAUGAGUAACGGAGCAAAGAUCGGAAUGGUCAGUAUGUUUGGCCGCAGUCACUUCAUCGUCCUGGAGAAGCUGGCAUUGGAAAUGAGAGCCCGCGGGCAUGAGGUUGUGAUCGCUGUUGGAAAGGAAGCCACUUUUGCCAAGGAAAAACCUUACUCUAGACUGUUCAAGUACACCGAGAGAAUGUCUGUUCUUAUGAAUGAGCGGGGAGAAAAAAGAGAUCACCUUAGCAGUCCGGUGCAGAAUCCCAUUACUUUGAUGAGAAAUCUGGUUGAAAUGCAAGUUAACUACUGUGACUCUAUACUCACCGACCCAAGCGUGAUGGCCGUGUUACAAACAGCUGACCUGAUAAUCGGGGAUUCGCUGUACCCAUGUGGGACACUAAUAGCAGACAUGCUCAGUCUCCCUCACAUUAACGUCAUCAUGUCACCUGACCUCUCGGUGCCCGUGUCAGAGAUGUACGGGAUUCCCACGAGUCCUAUGUCUUACGUCCCGCAAAUGGGAACAGGACUGACUGCAGAUAUGGGGGUGUUUGGUCGGCUCAAGAAUAUAGCAUUUUAUACCGUCAGUUCCUUUAUUAGGAAUUUUCUCUUUUAUCCGAUGUAUGACGAGCUCAAGGCUUCGCACAAAAUUAAGCCGAGUAAGACAAUUCGAGAAAGUCUGAUGAGCGUCGAACUCUUGUUGUUUGCCGCCGAUUUCGUCUUGGUCCACACCAAGCCCCUACCCCCAUAUGUGAAGGAGGUAGGCUUUUUCAUGCCCAGUCCCUCUAAACCUCUACCGGCCGAGCUGGAUCAUUUUAUGCGGGAGUCUGGGGAAAAGGGUGUAAUACUUGUAUCUUUUGGUACUGCCAUCAACACGUUGGACCCGGCAGUGAUAGAGAUGAUGAGCAAGGCAUUCGCACAGUUGCCGCACAAAAUCAUCUGGAGGGUGUACCCAGGGAAUUACCCAAAGUCGGUAAGUGAUAACGUAAAGCUUGUGGAAUGGGUGCCACAGAACGACAUCCUUGGGCACAACAACACCAAGCUGUUUAUCAACCACGGCGGAGCUAAUGGAAUGGCCGAGACAGCUUAUCACGGGGUCCCUGUGGUCUGCUCUCCAUUCUUUGCGGAUCAACCUGAUAAUUCGAACUUGCUGAAGAACGCCGGCAUGGGAGAGAUUGUCCGCGUGAACACGGCCACUGCAGAGGAGCUCGUUAGGGUCGUUACCAAGGUGAUCAACGAUGACAGUUACAAAACGAAUGGAGCCCGGGUCUCACGCGCUAUGAAGAGUCGCCCACGUGAGCCAGUCAAGGAAGCCGCUGACUUUGUAGAGUACGUGCUGGCUCAAGGACAUCUACCGCACCUCAAACCGCGGUCUUUGGCUAUGCCGUUUUAUCAAGUCUACAUGCUGGAUGUGAUGGCAGUGAUAGGGGCUGUUAUUCUCGUUUUUAUUGCUUUAAUAAAAACUCUGGUGCAGCUGAUUUCUAGAGCAUGUUCGCCCAAGAAAUUAAAGUCUGCGUGAUUGCGAAUGUUCAAAGGUUUAGCCUAGUUACUUGACGUUCUGAUUGGGCUCCCUGUGGCGGUUAAGGCGAUACGUUCUUCCCAAGCCUAGUUCCCGGACAUUUGAUUGGGCUCCCUGUGGUGGUUAAGGCGAUACGUUCUUCCUAAGCCUAAUUCCCUGACGUUUUGAUUGGGCUCCCUGUGGUGGUUAAGGCGAUACGUUCUUCCUAAGCCUAGUUCCCUGACGUUUUGAUUAGACUCCCUGUGGUGGUUAAGGCCGCUGCGUUCUUCCUAAGCCUAGUUCCCUGACGCUUUGAUUGGGCUCCCUGUGGUAAGCCUAGUUCCCUGACGUUCUGAUUGGUCUCCCUGUGUUUCUAUGGUUCAACAAAAUUUAGACUCUCCCCUAAUCUAAACCACACAAAUGGCGACCCUCCUUCAAAAGGUGACAAAGAAUUAAGCCCCUCUCCAGAAAAAGAAAAGCUAAAUCCAUCAACUUCGAUCGUGUUGGUGCCUUAUUGAAAAGUAAAGAUCUUCAACCACCUCCCCCCUAAAAAUAUAACACCGCCUGAGUACUGACUGCUUCCUAAGAACAUCGUUUAGCCCAUCAAGUAUUAUAAAGACUUACGUAAUCCUAAUCCGUUAACUGUGUUUUUUAUCAAUUGAUUUUAUUUCAAUGUAAAAUUUGUCAAUAAAUGAUUUGGGCCGUCAGAUUUA